AUGGCGGCGCAAGUCAUUGCCAACUCUGGUCACGAUGACAUGAUUCACGAUGCCGUCCUCGAUUACUACGGUCGAAAGCUUGCCACUUGUUCUAGCGAUCGCACCAUCAAGAUUUUCGAAAUUGAUGGCGAGUCACAGCGGUUGAUUGAGACUUUGAAAGGUCACGAAGGUGCUGUCUGGUGUGUUUCUUGGGCACAUCCAAAAUACGGCAACAUUCUCGCAUCGGCGGGAUACGACGGCAAAGUAUUCAUCUGGAAGGAGCAGGGCCAGAACAACCAAUGGCAAAGAAUCUACGAUUUCCCCCUACACAAGGCUUCUGUCAAUGUCGUCUCUUGGUCCCCUCACGAAGCCGGCUGCCUCCUUGCCACCGCCUCUUCCGACGGCAACGUGAGCGUUCUCGAGUUCAAGGACACCGCGGUCGACCAUGCCACAUUCCCUGCUCACGGCCUUGGAGUCAACUCCGUCUCGUGGGCUCCGGCUACGACUCCCGGCAGCAUCGUGAGCAGCGCCCCUGGACCUGGCUCUGUGGGCAACCGCCGAUUUGUCACCGGCGGCUCCGAUAAUGUGCUAAAGAUCUGGUCUUUCGACCCUGCCUCGCAAUCAUACAAGCAGGAGAGCGAACCCCUGACUGGUCACAGCGACUGGGUUCGCGAUGUUGCCUGGUCGCCUACGGUUUUGCAAAAGUCGUACAUUGCCUCGGCGUCUCAGGACAAGACUGUCCGUAUUUGGACAUCAGACCCUUCUAGCAACGGCCAAUGGGAAUCCAAGGUUUUGAACUUCGACGCACCAGUCUGGAGAGUCAGCUGGUCCCUGAGCGGCAAUGUUUUGGCAGUUAGCGGCGCAGACAACAAAGUGUCAUUAUGGAAGGAGAAUUUGAGAGGCGAGUGGGAGUGCGUCAAGUCGAUUGAGGAGUAA